AUGCAUAGUGGAGAGAAACCAUUUAAAUGCAACAUCUGCAACAAAGCUUUUAGACAACAGCAUCAUCUAAAGAGUCAUGCAAAUGCCCAGCACUCACAGCACGGUAGAGAUACUGGAGGAAAACGAUUUAAAAGUAGAAUCUUCAAUAAAGAAAAGACUGGUCUUAUGCAACAUAAUCAAACACACCACAGAGAGAAGCCAUUCCAAUGCACUGUUUGCAAGAAAGAUUUUACAUAUAARGGGAACUUAAAAACACACCAUCGAAUCCACCAUAAAKMCUURGCACAAGRCACUAGCYCAGAGAACCWGGGAAGAGAAGAKAAGUCAUUYAAAUGCACAAUAUGCAAUAAAACCUUUGCAUGUAAGAGCAGUGCUAAGCUCCAUCAGCGACUCCACACUGGAGAGAAGCCAUUCCAAUGUACUGUUUGCAAAAAAUAUUUUACAUAUAAGUGUAACUUAAAAACGCACCAUCGUAUCCAUCAUGAAAACCAUACCAGUGCAAGUACAGAUAAAAAAGGCCACAGUGAAGUGAAGUCAUUCGAAUGCACAAUAUGCAAUAAAACCUUUACAAAACAGACUUCCUUGCUGACGCACAAAAUCAUCCACAGUAACAAGAGGCCUUUUAAGUGUACAAUCUGUGACAAAGCAUAUAAAAGUAAGGAUCACUUAAAAAUGCACAAUGAACAAACUGGCCACUGUGCAGAGAAACCAUUCAAAAGAAACCAGGAAUUAAAGACUCAUGAUAGAAUUCCUGAUAAACAGAAGCCUUUUGAAUGUACAGUUUGCAAGAAAGCCGUUAAAUCUAAACAGAACUUAAAGAUCCAUUAUCGAAUCCAUAGUGGAGAGAAACCAUAUAAAUGCACAAUCUGUAAUAAAGCCUUCACACACAAGACUAAUUUAAACAGACAUCAUCGAAUCCACAGUGGAGAGAAACCAUUUAAAUGCACAAUCUGUAACAAAACAUUCACAAAAAAGACUAAUUUAAACAGUCAUCAUCGAAUCCACAAUGGAGAGAAACCAUUUAAAUGCACAAUCUGUAGUAAAGACUUUGCACGUAAGUUUAGCUUACAAAGGCACCAUCAAAUCCAUACCAGGGAGAAACCAUAGCAUAAUGCACUGUCUGCAAUAAAACGCGUGGAAGCAGUACUCAUUGGGCUAUCAACAAAUUCAUUUGCAAGAAGAAUACUCGGAAUCCUUAGUAAGGAUUACUUACAAAAUCACAAUUAACAAACCCACUGUGCAGACAAACCAUUCCAAGGACACCAGGAAUUACAGACUGAUGAUGAUAGAAUUCCUGAUAAACAGAAGGCACCUUGAAAGUCACAGUUUGCAAGAAAGCU